AUGAAUAACUCUGAGAACGUUCUGCCAGGAUCGGAAAACAAAUCGAAUAUCAAAAACGUAGUCGUCUUGGGAGCUGGCGUAGUCGGCCUCACAACGGCUAUAACUAUCCUCGAAUCGAACUCGAAACGCAAUCUGAACUAUAGAGUAACGAUCCUCGCCUCGCAACUACACACUGACCCAAAAUCUAUCGCUUACACGAGUCAUUGGGCUGGGGCACACCAUGUUUCUCAUUCUACAGGAACUGGAGUCUCCGCACCAGACGCCAAUUCCUCAACUUAUACCACCGAGCACCCAGAGCAAUUAACCAUCGACCAAGAAACUUUUCGUGUCAUGUGGGACUUAUCCUCAAAGGAAAGCGAUGCGGAGAAAUGUUUUAUGAGGAUUGAACAGGUGGAGUAUUAUCAUGAAGAGAUUCCUAUCGAUGAGAAUACUGGGGAGAGGAAGCAUCAUUUGGGCUGGUAUCCUGAUUUCAAGAUACUCUCACCUUCAACUCUUGAAUCGUCUCCGCUAUCACUCGCUGAUCUAAGCGUUCACUCCGGCGUAUCGUUCAAUACUCUAACCAUUGACCCGCCCGUUUACCUUCGGUAUCUCUACGACCGAUUCAUUCAGAAGGGUGGAAAGGUAGUAAAGGGGCGAGUUGAUGAUAUUAAAGAUAUCAAGGGCGUUCAGCGUGUGUUACGCGAAGCCAUCGAAAGUUCUGAUGAUACCCCCCCGCCCAUCGAUGCCCUGAUAAACUGCACCGGGCUCGGUUCUCUCACGCUCCCUGGUGUCCAAGACGAGGCUAUGUACCCUCUCCGAGGUCAAACUGUUCUUAUGAGGACACCGUGGGUCAAUUUCGGUAGGACGUUGAGUAAAAAAGGGAAAGAUGGCAAAGAGGAUCUAUGGACGUAUAUCAUUCCGAGAAGGAGUGGGGAUGUAAUCAUUGGCGGCACCAAAUCGCCCAACGAUUUCUUCCCUACUCCCCGUCCAGAGACUACACUAGACAUCUUGCGGAGAGGGGUGAGGCUUUGUCCCGAGCUGCUGCAUCCUCCACCACCGACUGCUUCCACCAAUGGCGCUUAUACUCCUAUUACUCCUAUAACAUUGACCCCAGACGCUCUCGACAACCUCUCCGACACUGACUUCCUCAACCUCGUCGAACCCUUCAUAAUCGAAGCCGGGUGUGGCUUUCGGCCUGCGAGGAAGGGAGGGUUAAGGCUGGAGGUUGAGUGGAUUGUUCAGUCCGAGACUGGAUCUGCACCGCAGAUACCUCUCGUUCACAAUUACGGCCACGCAGGGUCUGGAUUUCAGAGCUCGUGGGGGAGCGCGACGCGUGCGAUGAGUUUAUUGGAAGGAGCGUUGUAG